UACAAAUAGCGUGCAGAACGAACCGUGUCUCUCGGACUGUGAACUUGGUCCUAUUAUCUCUGCCAAGUAUGUGAAAGAAUAGAGGUCGGUGCGAUAUAGAACUGUGUGAACUGACAUUUGGGGGUGACUAACAGUGAUUGAGGAGAGGACUACCACAGCCAUCAGGAUGCUCUCUACCGCAGUGUCCGGCAGAGUUGGGCUAAGUCUGGGGAUCGGCGUCUCGGCCUGGUUAAGAGGUUCCGCUAUGGCCCUAACUAAAAUCAGGGACCCGUCUCUCAGGUACAGCACCACAGCAGUCAAAGGAAGCACCAAGUCUUUUAGCUACGUGAUUGUGGGUGCAGGCUCGGCGGGCUGCGUCCUGGCCAACCGUCUCACGGAGGACCCCCAGGAGUCAGUGCUCCUUCUUGAGGCCGGCCCCAAAGACCUGACCCUUGGCAGCACCCUCCUCUCCUGGAAGAUCCACAUGCCGGCCGCCCUCACCUACAACCUGUGUGACGACAAGGUCAACUGGUUCUACCACACUCUAACCCAGAAGCACAUGGACGGCCGUGUGAUGUACUGGCCCCGCGGUAGAGUGUGGGGUGGCUCCUCCUCUCUCAACGCCAUGGUGUACAUCCGGGGUCACGCCGAAGACUACAACCGCUGGCAGAGGGAGGGAGCGGAGGGCUGGGACUACGACCACUGUCUCCCCUACUUCCGCAAGGCUCAGUGCCAUGAGUUGGGGGGCAACCGGUACCGGGGGGACAGCGGGCCCCUGCAUGUGUCCAGGGGGAAAACGGACCACCCUCUGCACCGGGCCUUCAUAGAAGCUGGCAAGCAGGCUGGGUACCCCUUUACUGAUGACAUGAACGGUUUUCAGCAGGAGGGCCUGGGCUGGAUGGACAUGACCGUAUAUAAAGGAAAGAGGUGGAGUACUGCCAGCGCGUACCUGCGACCUGUCCUACACAGAGCCAACCUGAAGACGGAGGUGCGCUGUCUGACGACCAAAAUUCUGUUUAAUGGAAGUAGAGCAGUGGGUGUGGAGUACAUUCAGAACGGGAAGAACAAGAAGGUGUUUGCUGAAAAGGAGGUGAUUCUUAGUGGUGGGGCCAUCAACUCCCCACAGCUUCUUAUGCUGUCUGGGGUGGGCAAUGCUGAUGACUUGAAACAGCUCGACAUCCCUGUGGUCCAGCAUCUACCAGGAGUUGGUAGUAAUCUUCAGGACCAUCUGGAGCUGUAUAUACAGCAGCAGUGUACUCAGCCCAUCACCUUGUACAAGGCCCAGAAGCCAUUCCACAUGGUCAAGAUUGGCCUGGAGUGGUUUCUACAACAAACAGGAUAUGGGGCCACAGCCCACCUGGAGAGCGGGGGCUUCAUUCGGAGUAGAAGCGGUGUGGCCCAUCCUGACAUCCAGUUCCACUUCCUGCCCUCGCAGGUCAUCGACCAUGGCCGCAUUGCUUCCAAGGUUGAGGCCUAUCAGGUUCAUGUGGGACCAAUGAGAAGUACCAGUGUUGGAUGGUUAAAGUUGAAGAGCGCCAGUCCCCAAGAACACCCAUUGAUCCAGCCCAACUACCUGUCAACAGACAUAGAUGUACAAGAGUUUAGGGAGUGUGUCAAGCAUUCCAGAGAGAUUUUCGCCCAGAAGGCCUUCGACCCAUUCCGAGGCCCUGAGGUACUACCGGGACCCAGCUGUCAGUCUGACGCAGAGAUCGACGCGUUUGUCCGUCGCAAGGCAGACAGCGCCUACCAUCCAUCCUGCACAUGUAAGAUGGGCUCUCCUUCUGACCCUAUGGCGGUGGUCGACCCAGAGACGCGCGUGUUUGGCCUGGAUGGGCUUCGCGUGGUCGACGCAUCCAUCAUGCCCAGUGUUGUCAGUGGGAACCUCAACGCUCCCACUAUUAUGAUGGCAGAAAAAGCUGCAGACGUUAUCAGAGGGCGGCCGGUGCUCAGUGACCCUGGCGUGCCUGUUUACAAGCCUGCUUCUCUAGAGACCCAGCGAUAAGCUUCAACAGGUACUUCCAGUGUUAACAUCUAUGGGCCUGUACAGACAGGUAGGAGGCUAAGUGCAAAUCCAUUUAUUCCAAUUGUCAAAAAAUAGAUCAGCAGAUAAAAUUGUAUGCUUAACUUACCCAUGUUUAAAGUUCUCACUGAACCCGUUUUGUCUAGGUCCUCAAGGGCAGAAUAAAGGAUAAAAGGUUUAGUGUGAAGACAGGAAACCCAACCAUGAGAAAUCAUUCCAGAGAAGUCAUAAGUCUGAUUUACUGCACUGUGGAAAAAUAAACACAAUUAUGGCCCAAUGCCCCCAGGACAUUCUCCUUCAUUCAUGUUUACAGUUAUUUAGAGAUUUUACAGAAAUGAUCUAAGCCUUUCAUUGCUGCGUUGCCAAUCUUCAAGUGUCUUAAUUAUUAUAUUUUAGGUGAAGGUGCCUUAAAUGUAGCAUGUUUCAUAUGAUUCAUAUGAUAUGAUUCUUACCGUAAUCUAAUGAUUAUUUUUAGUAACGCUGCAAUAAUAUUGUACAGCACUGUUUUAAAUUGCGCAGUAUUAACACUUAUGUUACUAAGAAUGUAACACUUAAGGUUAAAUGUUGUCUUACAUGUUCACUUUGCACCCAGAGUUUAGCACAGACUUACAAACAGCUGCCAUUGUGAAAUAAAUAUGAGUAAUUAAUAAUAUUCUGUAGAAGCCCUUUUUUAAUUAUUUGUUUUUUGUAUUCUUCAAGCUGAAUGUGUAGAGCACAAAUGAUGUUCUCUGGAGGUCUUUGAUGAAUAUGAGAAUUUAUUCAGUUGUGAACGUUAAAAAAAUCAUUAGCAGUUUAUUGUAAUUACAGUCAAAUAUUCAAGAGAAUAAAGCAAAUGUACAAAAAAAGGGGAUUUAAUGGUACAAAAUCUAAAGGUAAAUCUAAUCUGCUACAAACUGGAAUUAGCUAUAACGUUAGUGGGUAGAAAGCAGAAGUCUUCAAGUACAGUGAAUCCCUUUAUCCUUCAUUUACACAUUUUGUACAAGUGUUUACAUUAAUUUAG